CUUAUUGCAUCACGUUUCCUCUAGCCAAGAGGACAGACAGAGGAGAAUCUGAUGCCAAUGCUGUGGCUCAAUGAAUACACACUGUUUGAAGGAAUGAAGGCCUACCGCGGCGUGGAUGGCAAAAUCCGCCUCUUCAGACCGAGCCUCAACAUGGAGAGGAUGGCGCGAUCGGCACGACGAGCAACUCUGCCGCCUUCUCUUGGAGUAAAGAAGCCAACUAAAGCCCUACUCUAUGUCAUACUGAGUCCUGUGGGCCCUUACUUUGCAAGUGGAAGUUUUAAUCCCAUAUCCUUAUGGGCUGAUCCAAAAUAUGUAAGAGCCUGGAAAGGAGGAACAGGAGACUGCAAACUGGGAGGGAAUUAUGGUUCUUCUAUUUAUGCGCAGCGAGAAGCCCUGGAAUUAGGUUGCCAGCAGGUUUUGUGGCUGUAUGGAGAAGAUCAUCAAAUAACUGAAGUUGGAACAAUGAAUCUGUUUCUCUACUGGAUAAAUGAAGAUGGAGAAGAUGAACUGGCAACCCCACCUUUAGAUGGCAUCAUACUCCCAGGAGUGACAAGACAAAGCAUUUUGGACCUGGCCUGCAACUGGGGGGAAUUCAAAGUAUCUGAGCGAUACAUUACCAUGAGUGACCUGACAACUGCCUUGGAAGAGAACAGAGUGAAGGAGAUGUUUGGUGCUGGAACAGCUUGUGUCGUAUGUCCCAUCUCUAAGAUACUAUAUAAAGGCAAGCAUUUACACAUUCCAACUAUGGAGAAUGGACCUGACCUGGCAACCCGUUUCCUGAAUAAGUUGAGUGAUAUCCAGUAUGGAAGAGAAGACAGCAACUGGGCAGUGCUGGUGUCCUGAAGGCAGAAGAGUUCAGAUCCUCCAGAGAGAACAAACAUGACAAAAUGACAACUUCUGUAGUGCCUGUGCGUAGCGUAGUUUCUGUAUCACCUUGCUCCCUGGGAUGAUUGGUUCCACAGUCCAGGGAAUGUGAACACAAUCACUUUUGAUUUCUACUGUAAUCCUGCUAGUAGAAGGCUAGCUUCUUGGUAGAGGUGCUAGAUGUUAGCAAUAGAACUUUCCUAAUGGUUUUCUUAGUGCCUCCUUGUGUCUUAUGUACAGACCAAAAACGUGUAAAAUGCUCUUCAACUGCUCUUCUGUUUGUUUGUUUGUUUUAACUGCCUCCUCAGCAGAACAGGUUGCCAUAUAACACAAGGACAUUGCCUGUUCCUUGGGCCCAAGGUUCUAUUGACAUCAUUUGCCUUUCGCUCUGCGUCCAGGAAAAAAAUAAAUUUAGCCAUACACCCUUUCCAUUUGUACUCUGCUUGUAUGGGAGAUACCUGUGUUUGCACAGCCCUGCAGAUCUCC